AUGGGAAUACUAAUUUUAAUUAUAACAUUACAUUUCUACUUUACGAGAAAUUAUAAUUUUUGGAAAUCACGAGGCGUCAUUGGACCAAAACCAUUGCCAAUUUUUGGAACAAUUCACGACAUUAUAAUCGGCAAACGCUCAAUCGGAACAUACGCAAAAGAGAUCUAUGAUAAUUAUCCAGCAGAAAAAUUUGUCGGAGUAUACGGAGGCUCAAAACCCAUUCUAGUUCUCAGAGACACCGAAUUGAUAAAAGAUGUAUUGAUAAAACACUUCAACGUUUUCAUGGAUCGUGGAUUGGGUUACAACGAAAAACAAGAGCCGCUUUCUGCACAUUUGGUUUCACUUGACGCAAAGAGAUGGCGCUUAUUGCGCCAAAAUUUGUCGCCAAUGUUUACUUCCUGCAAGCUCAAAAACAUGUUUUAUCUUAUUGCUCACGAGUCCGAUCGUAUGGUCGAACAGUUGUCACUUUUUGACGGCAAGGACAUUGACAUCAGAGAAAUAACAAACAAGUACACUAUCAAUGUAAUCGGAACCUGUAUUUUUGGACUGCAGAUUGACAACGCGAGCAAUAUUUUCUACGAAAUGGGCCAGAGAUUUUUCAGGAAAAAUUUAAAGAACAAAAUGAGAUUUCGAUUGAGAACUUUUGCUCCAUUCUUGUUCAAUUUAAUUGGCAGCUGGCUCACGGAUUGGGAGCUCCAAAAUUUUUAUAUAAACCUUACACGCGAGAAUAUAAGUUACCGUAAAGAAAAAAGCAUCAACCGUCACGACUUUAUUGAUUUGAUGGCCAAGUUGAAAGAUGAGUCUGAUAAAGUUGAUAAUAUGGACAUAACAUACCCACUAAUAGCAGCCCAAUUAUUCGCUUUCAUGGUUGGUGGCUACGAAAGCUCGUCCAUAACAAUAAGUAACUGCAUUUAUGAGCUCGCAUUAAAUAAUGAUGUCCAAAAUAAAUUACGAGAAGAAAUAAACGAAUCGUUUAUCAACACCAGAGGCGUUAUUACGUAUGAUCUGCUCAAGGAAAUGAAUUAUCUGGACAAAGUAUUCAACGAAACAUUGAGAAAGUAUCCUCCGAUAAAUUUCACGAUGAGGGUGUCAUCUGAAAAGUAUACGUUUUCAGGAACUAAUUUAACGAUACCAAAAGGAGUUAUAAUUUGGAUUCCAAUAAUGGGUAUUCAAAAAGAUCCAAAAUAUUAUCCAAAUCCUGAAUUAUUUGAUCCAGAACGCUUUGAAAAUGGGAAAAGUAAACGUCCGCCGAUGAGUUACUUACCUUUUGGUGACGGUCCUCGUAAUUGCAUUGGAUGGCGUUUUGGAGAAAUUCAAGUAAAAAUCGGACUAAUAAAUUUUUUGAAAAAUUUUAAGGUACACGUUUGUGAAAAAACUGAUAAAAAUUAUACCUUCGAUCAUACGGCAUUUUUUUCAACACCUUUAAAUGGCAUUCACCUGAAUAUAACCGGGACGGUAGCGAUUCUCGGCGUACACAUUGGAGCUCUUUUCGUUAAGCCUUCUCCUUUGGCUGGUGGAUGCGGUCAGACGGAAGGGGUUGAGAGGGUAAGAGAGUGA